CAUAUUUGUUAGCGAGACGAGCAAAUUCUGCCAAAGAUCAAAUCAUCUUACGCACUUAAUAUAAAGACUUUUUUUUAAAGUAGAUAUUAACGAAGCGGAUAUAUAUCAGUUAAUAUGACGCCUUUAAUAUCAUGGCUGUACUUUUUGGUGUCAAUGCUAUUUGUUCAGCCGUUAGCAUCUGCAGUAAUACCUGAAAAAUACUAUAUCGAACCUCAGGACUUUGUAAAUGAUGUGCAAGACAAGUUUAUUUCUAAGCGAGAAGCACCAUUCCGCGAUGACUUAGAAGAUAAUCUGUUUCCAAGCGAUAAAGAGCAGGAGUUUCUUGAGGAUCCGUACCAGCCUGUUUUCUAUAUAACUGAAGGUGCAGACUCUAACGAUGAUACCGAUGCAGAUGAUAAAGAUUUAAGUGAUGAGGCUGAAUCAGGAGAUGCAGUUGAUGGAAACAAUGAAUCUGGUUCAGAAUCUGGUGAAAGCGAAAGUGGUUCAAAUGAGAGUGAAUCUAAGAUUAUAGACGAUGCAUCAAAACAAGAUAUUGAAAUCAAAAACUAAAAAAAAAUACGUAAAAUGUACUUUAAACAUUAGAUAGAUUUUAAAUCAUAACAUCACGAUACCGCAAUAUUAUAGAAAAAAGUCCACAAAAAAAAGAUUUUAAA